GUGAUUUGGCGCGGACUGUCCUGUUGUUGUGUUUCUGUCAGCGACAAAACGAUAAAGACAGAGAGUUAAACUUAUGGCUCCGGUAUCAAACCCAGACAAAGACAUGGACGGCGAUGAUGGAGGAGAUGUCUGUGGUUUGGCCAAGUCUCGCUCCAGACGGGAGAAGAAAGAGAAGGUGGGGAGGAAGUCUGCUCUGGAGCAGCUCAAGAAAGUCAAGAAGGGAGAGAAGAUAAAAUAUGAGGUGGAGGAGUUUGCCAGUGUGUAUGAGGAGGUGGAUGAGGAGCAGUACUCGAAGAUGGUCCGUGACAGACAAGAGGAUGACUGGAUUAUCGAUGAUGAUGGAACAGGAUAUGUGGAGGACGGAAGAGAAAUCUUUGAUGACGAAUUGCAUGAUGAUGUAGUAGAAAAAAACAAAGGAAAAGUGGGAGCCAAGAGAGAAGACUUGAAGAAAAAUGUGAAAAAAGCUGCCGUAGCAAAGCCCAACAGCAUUAAGAGCCUAUUCAUGAACAGUAAUGUUAAGAAGCAAGCUGAGAAAGACGUGGACCUGUCCAAAGACGACCUAUUAGGAGAUAUCUUACAGGACCUGCACUCUGAGAAACCGAGUCUUCUCACUCCUCCACCAGUCGUCACUCUGAAGAAAAAGAAGUCUGUUGGAUCACCCAUGAAUCCAUUCUCCAUCAAACCUCAGAUGCCAAAGGAGUCACCCUCAGCUACAGGGUUAAAGGCUAAAGUGAUCCGUCCACCACCUCCUGACCCAACCCCAAGGCCAUCAGCCCGCCGUCCUUCUUCUACACCUGUUCUUACUGUGGAGAAGGAGAGAACAGAAGCAGAGGAGGUAGAUGAAGAGAAAGGGAAUGAUGCUCUAGCAUUUGAUGGGGUGGACUUUGAUGAGCCGAUGGAGGUUGGGCUUGAGGAGGAAAAGCCUGAAGUUAGAGAAGAAUCUAAAACAGCAGCAUCAGCAGCUGCAGUUAAAGUGGAGCCCAAAGUGGAGCUUCAGGACCCUGUCCUCAUAUCCAGCAGGAUUGGAAGUUCUUGGGGACAAGAGGAGGAGAGCGAAGUCAGUGAGGCUCCAGCAGAGGUACAGGUGGACUCCAGCAAACUCCCGCUGGCGGAAGGGCCUGACGGAGAGCAGGUUUUCAGAUUCUAUUGGUUGGAUGCGUUUGAAGACCCAUUUAACCAACCAGGUGUGGUGUACCUGUUUGGAAAGGUGUGGAUCGAGUCAGCCAAGUCUCACGUCAGCUGCUGCGUGUCCGUUAAGAACAUUGAGCGGACCAUGUACUUCCUGCCUCGUGAAUAUAAAGUGAACCCCAAGACUGGAGAGGUGUCGGACACACCCGUGGGACUGAUGGAUGUUUACCAGGAGUUCAAUGAGCUCUCUGAGAAGUUCAAGAUCAUGAAGUUCAAGUCCAAGAAAGUAGAUAGGAACUAUGCCUUUGAAAUACCUGAUGUGCCUACUCAGUGCGAGUACCUGGAAGUCAGAUAUUCUGCUGAGUUCCCUGCGCUGCCUUCUGACCUUAAGGGGGCGACCUUUUCCCAUAUUUUUGGAACCAACACCUCCAGUCUGGAGCACUUCCUUCUCAGCAGGAAGAUUAGAGGGCCAUGCUGGCUGGACAUCAAGACACCACAGCUGAUGAACCAGCCAGUCAGCUGGUGUAAGGUGGAGGCUAUGGCCCUGAGGAGUGACCUGGUCACUGUGGUCAAAGACUUGUCACCACCACCCAUUACCGUCAUGUCCAUCAGCCUCAAGACUGUCCAGAACCCCAAAACACAUCAAAACGAGAUUGUUUCCCUGGCUGCACUUGUUCACUAUCGGUUUCACAUGGAUAAAGCUCCACCUCAGCCUCCCUACCAGUCACAUUUCUGUGUGAUCAGUAAACCUACUGACUGUAUCUUCCCGUACGACUUUAAAGACGCUGUGAAGAAGAAAAAUGGAAAAGUGGAGAUAGCUGCUACAGAGAGGACUCUGCUCGGCUUCUUUCUGGCCAAGAUGCACAAAAUUGAUCCUGAUGUGCUUGUGGGUCACGACAUCUUUGGUUUUGACCUGGAAGUGCUUCUCCAGCGCAUCAAUGUGUGCAAAGUUCCCCACUGGUCUAAGAUCGGACGCCUCAGGAGGGCCAACAUGCCCAAAUUAGGGGGUCGUGGCUCUUUUGCAGAGAAGAGCGCCACCUGCGGCCGUCUGGUGUGUGAUGUCGAGAUCUCAGCUAAAGAGCUGAUUCGCUGCAAAAGUUACCAUCUGACCGAACUGGUCGCACAGUUGCUGAAGACGGAGAGAGUUACAGUCCCUCAAGAAGAUAUCAAGAAUCUAUACAGCGACUCCCCUCACCUGCUCUACCUGCUGGAGCUGACAUGGACAGACGCCAAGCUAAUCCUCCAGAUCAUGUGUGAGCUCAACGUGCUGCCACUGGCCCUGCAGAUCACCAACAUCGCUGGCAACGUCAUGUCUCGUACUCUGAUGGGUGGCCGCUCUGAAAGGAAUGAGUUCCUGUUGCUUCACGCCUUCCAUGAUAAGAACUACAUUGUCCCUGACAAACCCUCCUUCAAAAAGGCCCAACUGGAGAUGGGUGAGGGAGAGGAAGAUGUGAAUGCAGGGAAAGGCAAGCGUAAGAAGAAGGCAGCCUAUGCUGGAGGUCUGGUGCUGGAUCCUAAAGUUGGUUUCUAUGACAAGUUUGUGCUGCUGCUCGACUUCAACAGCCUGUAUCCGUCUAUCAUCCAGGAGUUCAACAUCUGCUUCACCACUGUGCAGAGGGAGGCUCACAAUGCACAGAAGAAGAAUGAGGAGGAUGAGUCUGAAGAGAUUCCUGAGGUUCCAGAUUCCAGCCUGGAAAUGGGAAUCCUGCCCAAGGAAAUCAGGAAGCUGGUGGAGAGACGUAGACAGGUCAAACAGCUGAUGAAACAGCAAGACAUCAACCCGGACCUCUACCUGCAGUAUGAUAUCCGUCAGAAGGCUCUGAAGCUGACUGCUAACAGUAUGUAUGGAUGCCUGGGAUUCAGCUUCAGUCGCUUCUACGCCAAGCCGCUGGCUGCCCUGGUCACACACAAGGGUAGAGAGAUUCUGAUGCACACAAAAGAUAUGGUUCAGAAGAUGAAUCUGGAAGUCAUUUACGGAGAUACUGACUCCAUCAUGAUCAACACCAACAGCAAGUCCCUGGAAGAAGUCUUUAAGCUGGGCAAUAAGGUGAAGGCCGAAGUAAACAAACUGUACAAACUACUGGAGAUCGACAUUGAUGGCGUGUUUAAGUCACUUUUAUUGCUGAAGAAGAAGAAAUAUGCAGCCCUUGUGGUGGAGCAGCAUGGCGAAGGCCGCUUCAGCGUCAAGCAGGAGCUCAAAGGGUUGGACAUUGUCCGCAGAGAUUGGUGUGACCUGGCCAAGGAGUGCGGCAACUACGUGAUUGGUCAGAUCUUGUCGGACCAGACUCGUGAUGUCAUUGUGGAGAACAUCCAAAAACACUUGGUGGAGGUGGGAGAGAAGGUAGCAAGCGGAACCAUACCACUCAACCAGUAUGAGAUAAACAAGGCACUGACGAAAGAUCCUCAGGACUAUCCAGAUAAGAAGAGCCUCCCUCAUGUGCAUGUGGCUCUGUGGAUUAACUCCCAGGGCGGACGCCGAGUCAAAGCUGGAGAUACAGUCUCUUACAUCAUCUGCAAGGACGGCUCCACGCUAGCAGCCAGUCAGAGAGCCUACAGUCUAGAGCAGCUCCAGAAGCAGGAAGGUCUCAGUCUGGACACUCAGUACUACUUGGCCCAGCAGGUCCACCCUGUUGUGUCCCGUAUCUGCGACCCCAUUGAGGGUAUCGAUAGCGUGCUCAUAGCCACGUGGCUGGGUCUGGACCCCGGUCAGUUCCGGACUCAACAGCAGUACCAGAGAGAGGAAGAGACGGAUGGCAUGCUGGGAGCUCCGGUCCAGCUGACUGAUGAGGAGCGCUACAAAGACUGUGAGAGGUUUACUUUCACCUGUCCUCAGUGUGGCACUGACAACAUCUACGACAACGUCUUCGAAGGAGCUGGAUCAAAGUUGGAGCCCAGCUUGAUGCGCUGCUGUCACAUCCCCUGCAGUAGCCGCCCCAUCGACUACGUCGUCAACAUCAGCAACAAAUUGCUUCUUGACAUCCGCCGGCACAUCAAAAAAUACUACUCUGGCUGGUUGGUGUGUGAGGACCAGGCCUGUCAGAACAGGACCAGACGUUUGCCCAUUGCCUUCUCCCGCCACGGACCCAUCUGCCCUGCCUGCACCAGAGCGACUCUGAGACCCGAGUACUCAGAGAAGGCCCUCUACAACCAGCUGUGCUUCUACAGGUUCAUCUUUGACUGGGACUACGCUGUUGCCAAAGUACUACAGGGUGAUGAGAAAAAAUCUAUUUCCCGGAUGAACGUAGAAAAGGACGUGUAUCGGAAGCUGAAAGAAGUACCGGACAAAGCACUCGCCACCAGUGGGUACUCGGAGAUUAACCUGGCCAAACUCUUCCAGGCCUUCUCCUCCCUCAAGUAAAAACAACACAUACACCUGUAAAGAAAAACCUGCAGAGAGGCUCCAACAUCCGACUCCAAUUCAGGGCGUCUGUACAUGAUUUGCACAUUUGACAUCUGUUUCUGGUUGAUAAGGUGACUUUUAAGGUUUGAUCUCCUAACUUCUAUAUCUCUGUAUCUAAUGGGCCUGUUAUAUGGCUUCAAACCCAAUCACACCUCUCCCCCCUCCUUCACUUUCUUCACAUACACACACGCGCUCAUGUCUUGACCCCAUCAUCCUCACUCUGUAUGGUAAAAGGGGAGUAGCAAUCAUACCUAAAUGACAGUCUAUUGUGUGUGUGAGUGUGUGUAGGUUAGCUGUGCCCAGGUGUGUGUGUGAGUGUGCAAAAAUGACUUAUCCUCAGAGCAGCCGGUAUAUUCCAAAAGCCGCUAAUUAGCCAAUGAUAGUGACCUCGGCCACUAAGACCACUGGACGCCUGCAGCGAUCGGACACUUGUUCUGAUUACCACCAUUCAUCCCGUGUGUGUGUGUGUGUGUGUGUGUGUGUGUGUGUGUGUGUGUGUGUGUGUGUGUGUGUGUGUGUGAUGAAAGAAAAGACUAAGGAGGAUGCAGGGAGUAACGGGGUGAAGGAGGCCACACGUGCUGCUCCCUCGCUCUUUUGUCUCCAUAUCGAACAGCUGAUCUCCUUCUCCUCCACCGCGUCUGUUUAACUGAUGUCAUUUCGUUCCUUCCACUCCUUUUUUUUUUUUUUUUCUCUGCUCCCUCCUCUGGUUGUAUUGUGUUUUAAUGCUUGUAAUUUUCUAUGUAAUGAUUUUUUUUUUGUGUGAGUAAUGACUAGAAUAUUUCGUAUUGGGUAUUUUGAUAUU